AUGGCGCCCCAUACGCCUACGCCGCUUUUCCUUCUUGUGCUAGUGUUUCUCGCUUCAGCUCAAGUUGGAAGAGCGGUAGAGGUAGCACAACCUGACCUACUGGUCGAAGGAUGCUGUGAUGGCUACGUCGACAAUCAGGGCUCUUGUGAUCCUGUCUGCGACUCGUGUACAAACGGAGAAUGUGCUGGUCCAUCUGACUGCCAGUGCUACUCUGGUUGGUCAGGGUUUGCAUGUGGUAUGCGACUGACGUACAACGAAGUGGGGUCAGUGAACAUUCAUCUCCCGACCAGCGCCGCCAAUGAUUCCGCAACAGAGGGCCUUUGCGGUGACUUCGACGGUAUUAGGGAUAACGAUUACAACUCCGAAAAACUCACAGAACUGCAGACGAUUGGCUCUUGCGCCGUCUUCCCCGACGAACUCGAAGACCAUCCAUGUGACAUAAUGUCUGCCGAUGGUUUGGAGGAAGUCGAGUUUGCGUGUCGAAAGUUAGAGGAUGUGUUCAGCGAUUGUCUAGACGUUGUGAGCUACAACAAGUACUACGAAAUAUGUAGGUAUGAUCUAUGUGCCUGUGUGCUGACAGGUGAAGAAGACGAAGAAUGCCAGCCUUGUGAUACAUUUCAUGAGUUCGCUCAUCACUGUGCUCUAGAGGGCGUUGUCAUCGACUGGAGAACAGCAGAUUUUUGUCCUUACUCGUGUGAGACGACCAUGGUUUACACAGAGGGGGGCUCGCCUUGCCCGAUCGUAUGCUCCAACCUGGAAGUCAGUACUGGCUGUGAUCCUUACCCUGUUCCUGGAUGCUUCUGCCCAGCCGUCUUUGUUUUAUCAUUCAGUUAUUGUGUCAGCGCAAAAUGGAGCUGCGUCUCCGCGCCGUGUCAAGCCGAAUGCAGUAUAUUCGGUGGUUCAGCUUACCGCACGUUCGAUGGAAAAGAAUACAACCUGUACACCAAGUGCAAGUACACCCUGGUCAAAGCGGAAGCGACUGUGAACACAACUGCGUUCCACGUCACCAUAGAUACCACAACGUGCUCGUCUGAGAAGCCAUCCGAUUGUCUCGGUGCAAUAGCAAUUGAUAUAGGAGAGGGAGAGGGAGCUAUUACAUAUUCUAUAACAUCGGGCAAGGAAAUCCUCCACGGUGGAGUUCCAUUAGACCCGCCGUCUACCCGGAACGGCGUGAUCGUUCGCAGGAUCGGUGACCUGUUCCAUUUGUCUACCGAUUUCGGUCUGAAUAUAGAGUGGAGUGUAGAAACAGCCAGUGUGUAUAUUUCGCUGCCAUCGGACACAACUAUAAAGACAAUGGGGUUAUGUGGAACUCUCAAUGGAUCACCCGCAGACGACUUUAAGUAUACAGGAAGCAACUUAGAAACGGUCGCUUCCGAAUUUGGCAGAAUGGUCUCUAUAUCAUCAACUUUGUGUGAAGAUAAGAUCCCAACGUCAGAUAGUUGCACCAUUUACAAUACAUAUUCCAACAUAGCCGUUAGCAGAUGUAACGAUCUGAAGAAUUAUCCCUUCGACGGAUGCGACGACGUCGAUGUUGACGUGUACAUCAAGAAAUGCAAAGAAGACGUCUGUGCCUGCUUGGGUAGGGGAGCAUCGGAGGAAUGCGAGUGCGAUUCGUUUAGUCGAUAUGCCAGAGCCUGUUCCCGUUAUGACACAGUGUUCGAAACUUGGAGAACCGAACUCGACAAAUGUACUGCUGUUAUGACGUGUACUGUGCCGCUCCAGGAGUUUCAUGAGUGCCGUAACAAAUGCCGUGUCUCAUGCGCCGACUUGGAAAAUGAGGACAACUGCAUUCCCGGCUGUGUACCAGGAUGUUUCUGCCCACCUAAAAUGGUCUUUGACGACCGCUCGCAGACAUGCGUACUUCCAGAAAACUGCCCGUGCCAGUAUAAUCAGUAUAACGAGCGUUUUUACGAAGCCGGCCAACGAAGGUUAACUCAGUGUGGCUACGUUCAAUGUGAAAGAGGCCAAUGGGACGAAAGUCAAUUGGAUUGCUCAGUGGCCGUGUGUCCCAGCGACAAAAUCUGGGCAGACUGCGCUGCCCUCAAGACAUGUGAACAUGUGAAUCCCUCAAAGAGCUUGGAGAUAUGCGAGGGAGGAUGUGUGUGCCCCGAAGGCAUGGCUGAUUUUGAAGGCACAUGUAUCGACACCCAAGAAUGUCCCUGCUACAGCCAAGGCGUCAAGUUCGAACACGGCAUGCAGACACGAAUGGACUGCAACGAUUGUUUAUGCCAGAGAGACGGAUGGCUUUGCACAGAACAUGCUUGCCCAGGAACCUGCCAUGCGUAUGGCGAUCCUCACUACAAAUCAUUCGACGGAAGGGAAUUUGCCUUCAUGGGUGAUUGUAGCUACGUUCUUGCCCAAGACUCCUGUGACGAUCAGGAGGGAACCUUCCGAAUCACCGUAGAGAACGAACCAUGUGGUGAGGAGGGCUUCACCUGUACCAAGCUGAUCAACAUGACGAUCAAAGCUCGCAUCACGAUAACCUUACUACGAGGGCGCGACCCCAUCAUUACACCGGCGAGCAAGGCUAAAAAGUUUAACGUCCGAUUUGUGGGGAUCUACCUCUUCGUGACAUGGAAAGGUGUUGAUGGAAAAAGUGUUGAACUCCGGUGGGAUUUAGGGACCAGCAUAUACGUGACUGUCCAUCCAGCUUACAAAGGAACGCUAUGUGGGUUGUGCGGUAACUUCGAUGGCAACAGCGAAAAUGAUCUCCUCAUGCCCAGAGGAAACUUUGUGGAGACGAGUGUGAUUUCGUUCGCUGAAAGCUGGAAGGUCACAGCUUCUUGUCCAGCCACAACUGCUUCGGAAGAUCCAUGUGUCACCAAUCCGUCCCGCAAGACAUGGUCAGAAUAUUCAUGUGCCCUCAUCAAGCAGUCUCUAUUUGCUGCUUGCCACAACGUGGUCGAUCCACAAAGUUACUAUGAAAACUGUGUCAUGGACACAUGUGCCUGCAAUCGAGGAGAUGAUUGUGAAUGUCUGUGUACAGCCAUCACCGCAUACGCCAAAGAAUGUAACGAUCAGCGAGUCUCUAUCCCAUGGAGAGCUUCAGAUACCUGCGGUCUCCAGUGUGAAGGAGGGCAGGUGUACACAUCGUGUGGAGAGAAGUGUCCUCUGCGCUGCUGGAGCGAAACACAAAUACAGGACGAUGGAACCGGGUGCAACGACACGUGUAUUGAAGGCUGUUUCUGCCCAAAGGGUACUAUUCAGGAUGACGAAUCCGGACAGUGCGUUGCGCCUUCAGCGUGCCCGUGUAUCGUCGAUGGAAAGAAGAUAGAGGCUGGCAAUUACUUCAUAAGAGACUGUCAAACAUGGUACGGCACGGUCCUUACGAAGUCGAUUUUACUGAGACAAUCCAACCAAACUUUGUGGUUUGGCUUAACAACAUUUGAGUCAGAGACCUAG